AUGGCUACGGCGUCAGGCUCAGGCCUGACCCGCCGUCGAGGCGCGGGCGGCGCAUCCUCCACCGCGGCUGCAGCAGAGAACGGUGACGACGGCUCGCGCGUGGCAUCCCCCGUCCCCAAAAGCGCUUCUUCUGCCCCCGAAACCUCCUACGAAGCCGGCGAAAAUGGCCACAAGAUCGCAUUCGACCCUCGCGACAUCUCAGAGAACACCGAGCGCGCCAAACAGCCCAAGCUUACCCUCAUGGAGGAGAUCCUCCUCAUGGGUCUCAAGGACAAGCAGGGAUACCUGAGCUUCUGGAACGACAACAUCAGUUAUGCGCUGCGAGGGUGCAUUGUCAUUGAGCUGGCGUUUAGAGGGAGAAUAUCAAUGCAGAAGGAUAGCUCGCGGAGACGGUUCCCUCUGGCAGACCGGUUGAUUGAAGUUGUGGAUGAUACACUUACAGGGGAGGUUCUGCUGGAUGAGGCAUUGAAGAUGAUGAAGAGCAGUGAGAAGAUGAGCGUGAGCUCGUGGAUUGACCUCAUGUCAGGCGAGACCUGGAACCUGAUGAAGAUCGGAUACCAGCUCAAGCAAGUGCGCGAACGACUAGCCAAAGGUCUCGUGGACAAGGGCAUCCUUCGCACCGAAAAGCGCAACUUCCUCCUCUUCGACAUGGCAACCCACCCAGUCGCGGACGGCGGCGCAAAGGACGAGAUUCGACGUCGGGUCAGGAACGUGCUCACCAACAGAACCGUCGUGCUUCCGCCGUCCCAAUUUUUACCAGAAGAGAUGGAGUUCCGAUACUUGAGGACGGUAGCCAUGCUGUGCGCUGCCUACGCCGCCAACGUACUCGAAAACGCUUUGACGACUCUUGGGCACGAAGCACGCGAGCGAGCAUUUGCACAGGUUGACGAGCUGCUCGCUGAGUACUCGCAAUGGCCAUUUGGAAGACGUGCAGGUGGACCAGCUGCCAUUGGCGCCAACUUGGAUCAGGUCAUCCGUGAUGAAGUCAAUGGUGGAAAGGACAAGGAGCUGCAAUUAGAGGUCGUGGCCGCAUGUCUCAGCGUCUUCACUCGUCUCGACUCCCUGCUCUAA